AUGGGAGAUGAAGUUUUUGUGGUGAUUUCCAUGGGUCUGAAUGAGGGCUCAAGUGCAGAUGGAAAAAAUUGCAGGUGCUUGAGGAAUGCUCUAAAUUGCAGGCUGAACUUUGCAGUGGACCAGCUGGUGUUUGGUGAUGCAAGAUUGCAGUAUGAUAGCAAUGGAAUGGACCUGAUGGACUGUCGUGCUGUGAGACCUCGAAUUGAAGUAAACCUCUCUGAAGCAGAAACAAUUAUUCACGGUGGAAAGGGCAGGAAUAAGAAUUGCAAUAUUGAUGGUCUUCAGUUCUCUGCUACUGGGUGGACAGUUUCUGACUUGAGUGUUGAAGAAGAGAAUGAUAGUGUUGAUGCUCGUUCAUUUUCGGAUAAUGGAGGUAAAGAAAAUUCCCAGGGUUCAAAACCGAACGGAAGUAACGAUACUCUUGAUGUUGACACGGGCAAUUCUGAUUCUUUGAACGUUUCAGAGACCACCCAAGUGCUAAAUACCGAAGUUGAGGAUACUGAAACCAAUAAGGAUAAUUCGAGCAGCCCUGGAGUUAUUGAUGAAGAGAAAACUAUCCCUACACUUCAAAGCCAUGAGAGGGUCGUCACUGAAGUUAUGGAAACUUCAAUUGUUGCCACUCCGGUAAUAGAAGAAACCGAGCCACAAGCAGAGGCGACUGAAGAAACUGUUGCCAUGACCGUAGAAGUUGCUCCAGUAAUUGAGAAUCGCAUAGUGGUGUACGAAUAUCCAAGUGCAGGAGUUGCUUUUGAUCCCCCAUUUGAUGCAUCACUCCCAUAUCAUGAACUAGUUGGUGGAUUCACCGUUCCCAUUGGAUAUGCAGGCUUGUACGAGAAAAUAUGGAGGAAGUUUGGUCACAUCAUUGUUAACAGGGAUCCCGGACGCGCUUAUGCUUUAACAGUGCAAGUAAGUGUUAUCUUGCGUGUUGUAAGUGAUAUAUGCGCUAGGGACAGAAAUAUUAUGACUCCAUAUGUACUCUUUGAUUGA